CAGGAACUCAAAUUUGUGAAAAUGACAAAUACAAAAGGUUAUCGUCGUGGUACUCGGCACAUGUUUGCCAGGAGAUUCCGCCGCCAUGGAGUCCUUCCACUGUCUACUUACAUGAAAGUCUACAAACGUGGUGAUUUGGUCGACGUUAAAGGCGACGGAGGUGUGCAAAAAGGUAUGCCGCAUAAAUCCUACCACGGUCGUACGGGUCGAGUCUUCAACGUAACACAACACGCUGUCGGUGUGAUCGUCAACAAACGAGUGAAGCAUCGCAUCAUCCCAAAGAGAAUCAACUUGAGGAUCGAACACGUGAACCCAUCCAAGUGUCAACAGGAUUUCCGUCAGAGAAUCGUCGAAUGCAGCAAACUGAAAGCUGAAGCAAAAGCUAAAGGAAUUCGCGUUUGUUUAAAGAGACAGCCUGCAGGUCCUGUGAAAAGGCAUUUUGUGUCAAUAGCCAAAAAUAAGCCCACAGUCUUGGAACCAAUCCCCUAUGAAUUCGUGGCAUAAAAUCUUACAGGGAACACUUCGAUAAAAGGAAGUAAGUUAAUAUAUAUGUACAUCAGAUAUUCCCAUCGUGUUAUCAAACUGUAUAUUUUAUACUGUUGUCUGUCAAGAUAAUGAUAAACGAACUAAAUAUCUAUAAUAUGACUAUAAUCUGCUUCCUUUUAUAUCACAAAUAAAUGUUUGAAGUGAACCA